AAAAGAUAAAUGAUUUCGCGGGAAAAAUAUAACUCAAUAUGAAUGAACAUUAUUUGUUGACAAUAUUCUCAUAUUCUACCACAGAAUUAUUGAAACAACAAUAUUUGAGCAAUCUUAUUCUUUGUUUGUUUUCGUUUUAUUGACAUAGAGUAACAAACGAAGAAAUUAAGUCUUUUGGUUACUGUUUGGUCACUUAAUUUUUAUUUUAAAUGAAUUGACAUACAAAAUACUUUACUUUUUUAAUUACCUAGUGAGUAUAAUGGAAGAUAUGGAACCAGGGCCUAGUACUGGAGAGGUAGUUACAAAAAAAAGAAAAAUUGAUCAAAUGAAUGAUGGCUCUAUUGUAAGAGUAGAGUUAAAAAACUUUAUGACCUUUAAUGAAGCCGUUUAUACUGCACAUCCUAAACUUAAUUUAAUAAUAGGACCAAAUGGAUCAGGAAAAUCUUCUAUUGUUACAGCAUUGAUAUUGGGGUUCGGUGGAAGCCCAAAGGACAUUAAUAGAGGAGACAAAGUUGCUCAAUUUGUAAAACAUGGAAAAGGAACAGCAGACAUAAUAAUAGAAUUAUAUAAAAAAAGUAAUCAAAAUGUAUUAUUAAAAAGAAAAAUUUAUGGAAAUGAAUCUCCUUGUCAUUAUUAUAUAAAUAACACAAUGGUCAUAAAAAAAAAAUUUAUAGAAAUAGUCGAAAGUUUUAAUAUUAGAGUACACAACUUAUGUCAAUUUUUACCUCAAGAUAGACUGGAAGAUUUUUCAAAAUUAGAUUCUAAGGGACUCCUAAUUAAUGCUUUACAAAGCAUUGAAAAUCAUGAAUUAUUGGAAAAUUUGAACCAACUGAAGGAACUAUCUUCUAAUAUGACAACUAAUGAAAGCAAACAAAAAAAUUUGGAGACUGCAUUAAGAAAAGAAACUGCUGCUAAUUUAAAAUUGGAAACAAUAGUAAGUUCAUUUAAAGAAAAGAAAACUAUUGAAUCAGAAUUAAUAAUUAUUAUACAAAAAAGAUGUUGGACUCUGUAUACCUUGUCUUAUGAGCAAAUUAGAGCAGAAAAAAAAAAGCUGCCUCUUGCUAAAGAAAUAAACAAUAAAGCUAUAAAACUUAUUCAACGACAUAGAGAUAUUAUAAAAAAAAAACUAUCUGGGGAAAAAGAUUUAAGAAAUGUUGUUCUGCAAAAUGCAAAUAUUGUAUAUAAAAUAUUGGAAAAUGUGAAUAGUAAAGUUGGAGUAGCUGAAUGUUGUGUAUCUGAUAUGAAUGAUUUGAAUAAAAAUUGUAAAAACACUGCAAUGAAAAUAAAAGAUUAUAAGGAUACAGUGAGUUCUAUGAAACAAAAGCUGGAAGAAGUUAAAAAUGAAACUCUUGAUGUAGAAGAAUGUAAACGUGAGCUAAAUGAAGUUGGUAAACAGAUUUAUGAUAUAGACAAUAGUUUAAAUCCCAUGAAAAGUACUUUUGAAAGUAUUAAAAGUAAACUUAAAAAUAUAACCUCUAAAAUUUAUACAAUUGAUCAAGAACUUGAACGAGAAAAAAGAAAAGAAGAUGGUAAAAAUCAAUUGAUUCAAAGAAAGUUUCCAGAAAUGUGGAAAGCUAUUACUUGGUUGAGAAAUUGCGAUAAGAAAUCUAUUUUUCAAGGAAAAGUCUUUGAACCAUUAUUCACUCAGAUUGAAAUGAUUGAUAAUAAGAAUGCUAAAUACAUUGAAAAUAUAGUAAAUUAUAGAGAUAUGAUAGCAUUUGUAUUUGAAUAUGCUGAAGACUUAACAAUAUUCAAUAAAAUUGUGAAACAAGAACGUUGGCAAAGAAUCAAUUCUAUAUCUGCUCCUCCUCCAAAUUAUCAACUAAAUGAUACACCAAAUUAUGACAUAAAUUAUUUAAAGCAAUUUGGAUUUCUUAUGUAUGCAUUAGAAAUGAUAAAAGUACCUUCAGUUAUUAAAAGAUACUUGGUGAAAAAUUAUGGUUUGCAUAAUAUACCAAUUGGAGGCAAAGAAGUAUUGAACUAUCUAGAUAAUUUGCCCGAAGAUAUAGGAUUUUUUUUUUCUGGUAAUGAUCAAAUUCAUAUUAGGCGUUCUUUAUAUACUGGAGAAAAAAUCACUCGACAAUCACAAAUAUCCAAUGAUGCACAACUUUUAAUUUUUUCAGUGAAUUCUAAUUUAAUUCAAGCUUUGAAUUUAAAAAAACAAGAAGCCAAACAAGAAUGUGAUAAUGCUGAAAAACAACUAAGUGAAAUUGUUAAUCUGUUAAAAGAAACCGAAAAUAGUAGACAGCCUUUAUACUUAAAAAAGAAAGAAAUUCAACGAAGUAUUAUGAAAUUCCAAAAUAGACAAAAAGCUCUCGAUAAAAUGGUUAAAGACAUUGAGUUGACUCAAAAUGAAUUAAAAAGAGAACAUGAUAAAUCUACUAAAUAUGAAGCCCAAAAUUUGGCUUUGGUUGAUAAGUACUUUGAAUCUAUGAAAGAUAUUUUUCCUUUAUUGGAUAAUUAUGCUACUUCAUUAAAAACAUUAAUUGCGUGUGCAUUUAUUUUGGAAUACUGUGGAACAGAUAUGAAUGCAGAAUGCAAUGUUUUGAAACAACUUAAACAAUUGUAUUUAAGAAAUCAGCAAAACUUUGAUGACUACAUUAAAUAUUUACAAAAAUUAGAUGUUGAAUUUAAUAAAACAUCUGAAGUUGCACUUUAUUGGAGUCGAGGUGUUUCAGUUUAUGAUAAAGAAUUGUUUUCACAAUUAACAGCAAAUUUUCAAACUAUUGAACAAAAUGAUUUAGAAGAAUUAGAUGAAUUAAUUGUUGAUAAGAAAGCUAAAUUAAAUUGUCUAAAUGUUGAUCCAAAUGCUCCUCAAUUGAUUAAAGAAUAUAAAGAUAGAAAAUAUAAAAUCAAGUCUUUAGAAACUCAAUUAAUGAAUUUAAAUAGCAAUGCUCAAACACAAGAAGAUCAAAUAAAUAAACUGCAGUCAGAUUGGCUACCUAAAUUACAAAAAUUAGUUGGUUUAUUAAAUACUAAUUUUCAAUCAUUCCUUUUAAAAUUUGGCUGUAAUGGUUUAAUUGAACUAGAUGUUGGAGUUACUAGGUAUGACUUUCAAGCUUAUGGGCUUUUAAUAAAAGUCCAAUUUCGUAAUGAUGAAGGUUCUUCAAUGAGGCAAUUAGAUGCCAAAAGUCAAAGUGGUGGUGAAAGAGCUUUAUCCACAGCAUUAUUUUUAUUAGCUCUCCAGGAAGUUACUCAUUUUCCAUUUAGGAUUGUUGAUGAAAUUAACCAAGGUAUGGAUAAAGUAUAUGAAAAAAAGCUAAUGGAGCUAUUUAUGGAUCUUUUUGAAACCAGAAAUAAUCAAUAUAUAGUUGUAACUCCUAAGCUUAUCAAAGAUCUUACAUUUAAGAACACUACUGUAGACAUAAUAUUUUGUCUUGAAAAAAUAUAACUUUUACAUUUAUGUAUCAAUUAUGACAUGCUAAAAAGCAUGUGUUUUAUUUAGAAACACCUAUUAUUAUUUACCUUUUUUUUUAUUGUUAAUUAAUGAUGUAUACUUGUUAAAUGUCUUUUGUGUAUGAAUUAAGGUUGUUAUUUAUAAAUGUAUACUUCAUUGUUAUAUUUUCUAUUUUUAUUAAAAAAGAACAUUAAACCUAAAACAUAAAUUAUCAAAUAGAAAAAUUAUUUAGUAUAUUUUUUCAUUGAACUUACAAUUAAUUUGAUUGUUAAAUGACCAAAAUUAUAACUCAUAAAUUAUGUACCAUUGGAAAAUGUUAUAUAUCUCCAAUUGAUUAAGACAUGUAGGUUGUAUAAAUGGUGAACUUAAAUAGAAUGUUAGUAUCAAUUUUAA